AUGUCGUUCCAACAUACCCUCGAAGGCCUUUUUAAUAAAGGGAAAGCAAAGCUAGAUGAAUUGACCAAUAAUCGCCCUCAGCCUCAACCUCAACCUCAAUAUCAACAGCAGUAUCAGUCCCAGUAUCAGUCUCAGCCUCAACAUCAGCAACCUCAGUACCAGCCCCAGUAUCAACCUCAAUACGGAGGACAACCACCGCCGAUUCCCUCCUCAACCAAGCCCCAACGCACCCCCUCCCCAUUCAUACCCGCCUCAACGCGGCCCUCUCCCUCCACAUCUCCCUACUGGCAAGCUGCCUUCAACCCCCAAACCCCCAUUUCCACCAUCUUCCAACAGGAAACCGGCGCCCACGGCUGGGGCAACGCCGAAUCCCAAAACUACACCACCGACCCCCGCAACUGUUUCUUCACACCCGACAACAAGCUGGUCCUACGAGCAAUUUGCGACUCCUCCCCGGAAAACAAGUACACCAGCGCGCGCCUCAUCUCCCACCAAACGCUCGACCGCCAACGCGGCUCCCUCUCCGCAACGCUCACCGCGCCCUGCGCACCCGGGAUCUGGCCCGCGUUCUGGCUGCUCCCCUCGCAACCCUUCACCUGGCCCGACGACGGCGAGAUCGACAUCUUCGAGAGCUGGAACGGGGACUGCGUGAACCAUUCCUGUUUGCACUGGGGGCAUUACAACGGCGCGGAUUGGGACAAGCAUCGCGUUGUGGAGACGCCGAUUCCGGAUAUGGGGCAGAGGGCGCAUACGUUUGAGUUGGCGUGGGAUCAGCCGGGGAACGGGGAGGGAGGCAGGCUGGUGUGGUAUAUUGAUGGGCGGCCGGUCAUGAAGGCCGGGAUUCCGAGGGGCACGAGGAGGAUUAGUGAUUGGAGGGUUAUUUUGAAUGUCGCGAUGGGCGGGAAUGUUUGUGGUGGACGCUUGCCCGGGGAGGGGUGGUAUGACUUUGUGGUGCAUGAGCUGAGGAUGAGUGCUGAGCCCGCCGGGGGUUGGGGGAGGUUUGCGGAGGAUUUUGAGAGGGCGAGGGAGGGGAAGACGAUGUAG